GCCCGCGCAUGCGCGCUGUAGCCAUCUGCGCAGCGCGGGAGUGGGGACGUAGCUGACUGCCGGGCCUGCCGGCGGCUUUUAUAGAGGCGAGCAUGGCGCCCCUCCGGCUCCACAUGCGAAAGUUCGUCUCCAAGCAGUUGCGCAGCUGUCGGGAUCUCAGCAAACUGAGCCAGCGCAUAAUCAAGCAGCGGUAUCUGCAGCAUGUGGGCCGGGACUCGCUGAGCAGCGAGGAGCUGCAGCUGCUGAAACGGGCCGUGGAGGAGGAGCUGCUUAACAUGGAGGACAGCAGCAGUGACGAUGAACCUCUCAGUAGGAAGGUGUCUAAAAGGAAGAGACGGGAGGAUGAAGAGGAGGAUGAGGAGCACGCAGAAGAGGUGGCAAAGCUGAAGAAGUCUCGACUAGAAGUAACGCUUCCAGACUCUCCAGAUUCCGGAAUAGAGAGAGCCGCCAGGGAGCCCCAAGGUGGUGGAAGGAAAGAGAAAGAUGAGGAAGAGAGCAGUGAAGCUGGGAGUGAGGAAGAGGAAGAGAAAAAACCAUCCAUAGCAGCGGCUGCCAAAAGGAAGGAGAGAGAGAAGGUACGACACAGGAUUACCAAAAAGACAGGCACUGGGAAGAGCACAGACGGCCAGGAGGAGGAGGGGAGUGAGGAAGAGGAUGUCAAGAGGAGGAAGAAGAAGAAUGGGAGAAGGCGGGAUGAAAGAGCAGCGGACGAGUCCCACAGUGAACAAGAAGAGGGAAAGAGGGAUGGGGAUUCAGACACUGAUGACAUGAAAAGUGCAAAGGAGAAGAAAGGAGGAAAAUGGAAAGGGAGGAAGGCUCCUCCGGCGAGUGAAGAGGAAGAGGACCCUCCGGCAAAGGGAAGUAAGGGGGCGGCAGAAUGGGAAGAGGGGGACACUGAGAAUGAGGGGCAUGGGCAGAAGAAGGCUGCAGGCAAGAAUCGCUCCAAACAGUCAGAAGGGAGUGAUGAUGAGGAAGAGCACAGGGGAGAGGCGGGUGCAGCAGAGGGGGCUUCGCAGCAAGACGGGAGCAACCUGUCUUCAGGAGAAGAUGGAGAAGAAAAAUCUGGAGCAGCGAAGGCGGAGAGUAGAGGGGAUUCAGGGUCAGAUUCUGACUCUUCAUCACUUCCUUCCCUGGAGGAGGAGGAGGAUGGUCAGGGCAGUAAAGUCAAACCCCAGCAAGUGAAGAGUCAGAAGAAGUCAGAGGAAGGACGUGGUACCUCCAAAGGAAAAGGGAAUGACGAGGACCCAGCGGUGACCAGGUUGAAGCGCUACGUUGCCCUCUGUGGUGUGAGGCGGAACUACAAGAAGCUCCUCGACGGAUGUCGGUCUGUCAAGUCAAAGGUCGCUGUGCUGAAGCGGGAGCUGGAGGAGCUAGGGGUCAAAGGUCAGCCCUCGAUAGAGAAGUGUAAGCGAGCACGGCUCAGGCGGGAGGAGGCCCAGGAGCUGGCAGAGCUGGAUGUGUCCAACAUCAUAACCACACAAGGACGGCCCCGCCGCGGAGCGACGUCCCACUGGCCACCCCCCCAGGUACCCCUGUCCCCAGCGGCCCCCUACAAACCCAUGUUGGGCUCCAGCUCAGACAGUGAGGAAGGGGCCCCAGCAGGCGGACCGGCCCGGAAGAGAGGCACCGACUGGAGCAACCUGCGAGGAAUAAUCAGCGAUGAUGCUGAAAGCGAGUGAGCAGCAGGGGGCGCUCUGGUCAAACCUGUGCUGCUUGUGCUUUUGUACUUCUGUUGCUGUUUGCUGCGCUUUAAUAAUUUAGAGAUCUAGUUUUGUAUAACAUUUUUUAUCGUGUUUCAUGAGGAAUAGCUCGAAUCAAAGAGGAUUACAUAGUGAAGACGACCGAAUGCUCCUCUGAGGCUCUGUGUUCCCGAUGCCGCGUUCGUGUCGUUUUCUGCUGCUUUGUUCUUCCUGUUUAAGCAGCCUGGGUGUCAGAUUUGUGUCCAUUGUCCUCCUCUGGGGCCUCACAUGUCCUUCAUGGCCCUGCUGUGAUAAAAGCAUGGACCAUGUGCUGAGACCACAGGAGACGCUGCUGUCAUAAUGACAUAAGGGCACAUCUCUUCCCACCACACUUCUGUCUGUGUUUCUCAUUUCGUCAUUUUAACUUAAUAGAAACGGCGAAUUAAAUAAAGUUUGUAAAAAAAAAAAAAAAAAA